AACGUGGGCCGGAUUCGGAAACACUGAGUUCCAAAUUAAAAGUCCGUUGAGUUGUGUGUGUGCUUAUGCCAUAGGUUUAUGCACCGGCCCCCGCCCCAAAUCCAUGGUCAGGCAGAAUUCAUAGCUACCUAUAAGAGGUCCUCGCGCAUUGACGUGCCACGUGACCUAAACAACGUUGCUGUUUUCGGAAAUGAAUUCAGGAGGAUCGUGAGUGUAAAAGUAGUCUAGAGAAGAGGAAGAGGGUGAGGAGGAAGAUGGAGGAUUUCCCCAUCCGGACAGUGGAGAUGGUGUGCUUGGGUUCAAGUGUGGCUCUCUCUGGUCUGUUUUAUUACAUCUACAGGAAGAAAUGCAAAACUGUGAACAAGCUUAAUGAAGCUCCAGUUUUGCCGGUGGAUGAAAAGUUAGUAGAUCUUUUGAAUGCCACGCCAGGGAAAUGUCUGCAGUAUGUGGUCAUCGAGGGUACAGUGCAAUCUAUCGGGGAACCGUUAAGGAGUCAGUUUCAGGAUGGCAGUGUUGGUGUAAUCCAGAAACUGGUCCUCCGAGAACACAAACUUGUGUGGAACAGUUUAGCUCGCACUUGGACAGACAGCGAGCGUGUGCUUCACCAGCGUGUGAAUGCUGUGCCCUUUAACCUGCUGGGUGUGAACAAGGCGUUUGUGCGUGUGCUCUGUCCCCUGGAGGCCACGGGUCCCAAUAUGGAAAUCAUCCAUGAAAAGUUCCACCAGGCUAGUUAUGGCUUCACGGAUAUGAUUGGUCAGUAUUUGAGCGGAGAGAAGCCCAAAGGUCAACUGGAAACGGAGGAGAUGCUGAAAGUGGGUGCCUCUUUGACCGCAGUGGGCGAGCUCAUCCUGGACACAGACCGCCUCCCAAAAAUCCGCCCACCCACUGAUGGCUCGGAGUACUUCCUUAGCACAGAUGACUUUGAAACCCUGCGGCUAGAGCAGGAAGGGCAGGCAGAGGUGUGGAGGGUGCUGGCGUGCAUUUGUGCAUUGGCAGGUGUGGCCGUGCUGAUGUGGGCGGGACGCAGGUACUACCGCCAGCUGAAGCAGCGAUGGGAGCAGGAGAACAUGAGGAGGGAGUUUGAACUGAUGGGUGCAGAAGAGCGAGGAGAGGAGGAGAACGGGAUGGAGGUAUCGGAGAACCCAUGCGUGAUAUGCCUGAGUAACCCACGAGGCUGUGUGCUGCUGGACUGCGGACACGUGUGCUGCUGUUUCCGCUGCUAUCAGGCCUUGCCGCAACCCAUCUGUCCCAUCUGCAGACAGAAUAUCAGACGAGUCGUGCCUUUGUAUCAAGCCUGAGAGACUGAAAAGAAUCCAUUGGUUUCUCUUGAAAAAGGCUUUCAGCACAUUUCAACUACUAAACAUGGUUUAAUCCUAUACAAAUGAACAGUUGUGCUGGAUUUACAUUAUAUACUUGUCAAAACAGCCUUAAACUUUAAAACAAUGUUAUACUGUGAACAGGACACCUGCGAUAGAAGCAACACAGACAUUUGUGAUACACACUUUAGUUUCACCAUUUUAGUUUUAACAAAUUCCUAUGGAAGCUUAUUUCCACCACAGAAUAAAAAAAAAAAAACAUGUAAUUGUGACUUUUUAUCUCACAAUUCUGACUGAAUGUAAACUAUUUUUCUUAUAACACUUUUUCUUGCGGUGGCAAGUUUAUAUCUGUUGCAAUUCAGACUUUUCUUCUCAGAACUGCACAUCUCACAAUCAAAACAAUAAUAUUUUUCUACUCCGAUUAGGACUUUUUUAGAAAAAAAAAUCUGACUGUAAAAGAGGACAGUGUUAUUGACAUUGCAGCAGUAUGAGUAUAGGGACUUGUCUCUGCACUGGUCUUACACAGGCUCCCAGUCGGUGCAGUUGCAUUAUUACACCAGGAGGUCGCGGCAAGUGACUGUCUUUUCGAGUGAGUCAACUAAUAGCCUACAUUUAGAAAUGCAUUGUUCAUGGAUUAAAUUAAUUUAACAUUGAGUGCCACUAUACAGUGCUCAAUGGACGAUCAGCGCGCUACCCGAGUAAUGCUUAAAUUGCUGUUUUACUUCAUAGAGAACAAUGCAAUUGAAUUAAUGCAAUGAACAGCUCUGACGCAGUUGUGGGAAAUCCCAUUAAAUGCUGAAAGGAUGUUAUGACAAAGAUAUCGCUUUCAUCCUCUAACAACUUAAGGUGAACCUUUUUUUUUUUUUUUACAUAUAUAUAUAUAUAUAUAUAUAUAUAUAAAUAACUUGCCCUGAAGAAGGACAGACGCAGGUAAUAGUGCAUGCAAAGAUGAUCUCUCUUUCUCUUUCUGUCUGUUUAGUGCAAUCUACAGAACCCAUGUAACGGUACAAAUCACAGUGGUACACAUGACGUAAAAAGAGCCAGAUGGUGUAAAAAUAUUACUCACUUCACUCUUGUGAUUAUUAGCAAAUUGAACAUUCAAUACAUUUGUAUUAAGCGCAAAACAAGAAGGGCAUAGCCUCAUGAAAAUAAAGUGAGCAUCGUGUUUGUUGUGCUUCCCACCAGUCAAAAGUUGGCUAGCACCAUAUUACAAUAUUGCGGUUAUCAUGACAGCAAAUAUAUAUCUCAUAAAUGCAAGUUUAAACUCACAAUAAGACUUUAUAGUCUUUUUAGAACUGCUAGUUUAUAUCUCAUAAUAGCAAGUUAUAAACUUGUGAGAAAAAAAGUCUAAAUUGUGAGAUAUAGGCCUAAACUCAGAAUUGUAAGGAAAAAAAAAAAUGUCUGAACUGUGAGAUUGAGAGAAUCGCAUUAACUUAUUAUCUUUUAUUUAUUGGCAGAAUUAAGUUUCCAUAUGUUCCUGCUGGUCUGCUAGUUAAAAGUGAAAAGUAAAGUUUCUCUGAGCAAUGUGUUUGGAUAUUUUAUUGAAUAUCCUGGUGAACAGAUGUCUUUGUGUUUAACUUUCUGUUUAUUAUUCAAGUGUAUCUCAUGUUUGGCACUUAUCAAAUGGUUCAAAUUAUUAUUAUUUAAUUAAAAAGUAUGGUUAAAUACUGUAUUGAAUGGCUGGUAUAAAUAAACCUCGAAUCUAAAAGUAAAAUGUUGGUAAGUUUAGUGCCUUAGUUAGUUUGAUUUGGUUGAGUUUUCAGUUUCCUUAAAGUCCAAAUGUCAAGUUUGUCAUGUAAAGCUCUGAACUAUCUUCUCUGGUCAAUAAACACUGUUGUGUGCUGA